AUGUUGCGAAGAGCUUGGGCGAUCCUGACUGAGUUAGUUCAACAAGACCCAGAAGAAGAUGAAGGAAAUCAUAAGAAUGACGAACUUCCUCCAACUAGAACUCUUAAAACAGUUUAUUUUGCUUUAACAGAAUCUGUAAUUAAUUAUGGUUUCGUAGUUUGGGGAAAAACAAGUUUAACAACGUUAUCCAAGUUACAGGUAGCUCAGAAAUGGAUCAUAAAAAUUAUGCUUUUCAAACAGAUACGAUAUUCAUCUGAACUUGUUUUUAGAGACAGUAAAAUACUGUACCCAGAGCAGCUCUAUUUAAAAUCACUUAUAAGAUUUAUGAUGAAAUAUGAGUUAUACAAAGAAUACUUACAGCAUGGCCAAAAUACAAGAAGUGCUGCUCAUGCAAAAGUAAAAUUACAAAGCCCUAGACGCACAGCUUGCCAGAGUCACGUUUACUGUAUAGGUCCAAAAGUUUAUACUGAUGUGCCAAAUAGUAUUAAGAGAUUGAGAUAUUCUACUGUUAAAAAGGAAUUAACAAGAUGGAUUAUUGAUAGUCAAUACGCCAUUAAUUAUGUAAUAUAA